GCCGCCGUCGAAGAGCUCGUCUCGAAGUCGGAGUCCAAGUCUGUCGAACCCUCUUCGAUCUUCUCUUCCUCUUCCUCUUCCUCUUCUCCCGCACCUCUCUCGCCUGCUAUUUGUUUCUCCACCCAUGCGAGGCUCCGGCAUCUAGCAUCCGGCUCCUACCACCACUCCCGAUCGACGACAUGUCUGACGAUAGCGACGGGCAGCGGCAAUGCCGCCGGGGCGUCACAGUCGACGUCGACGUCGAGCUCGACGCCGCCAUGGCGCUCGCUGACAUGGCCGGAGUCGGCCCGGCCGGCGAGCAGCAGCAGCAGCCGCCGCCGCCGCCGGUGCGACGCGCGCCUCCUCCUCCCGGUCCCGCUAAUCCCACUCAGGACGACGAGGAGGAGCUGGCGAGCACGCGGCUAAGCCUGGAGCUAGGGAAGGUGGGCAUCCAGGCGUCCCCGUGCUCCAGCAGCUCCAGCGCCGGCGGCGGCGGGCAGCACCCGCACCACCAGCAGGCGGCGUACCAUCAGCAGCAGCAGCCGGCGCCGGCGACGGCGACUGCGACUGGGUACGGGCCACGGCCCCGGCACGCGCUCACCGAGGCCGAGAAGGAGGCCAAGCGGCUGCGGCGCGUGCUGGCCAACCGGGAGUCCGCUCGCCAGACCAUCCUCCGCCGCCAGGCCAUCCGGGACGAGCUCGCCAGGAAAGUCGCCGACCUGUCGUCGCAGAACGAGAACAUGAAGAAGGAGAAGGACAUGGUGAUGCAGGAGUACCUGUCGCUCAAGGAGGCCAACAAGCAGCUCAAAGAACAGGCACAUCACCACCACACCAUCGCUUUCGCGUUCCCUCCCCUUUCGUUAAUUAAUUAUUGUAAUCCUGUACUUGACUCAGACAGAUGACGUAGCAUCACCUCUGAUUAGAUUAUAGUACG